AUGCGCCUACUAAGAUGUAGUCAAGUGCUAACACAACUUAUAUUCAUGACAGUGUAUUCAAAACCGAGGCAUUGGCUCAGCAUUACGGAGGAGAGUAACCGUAACCUGCGCCUCCUCUAUUGGAACCCGGACGGGACACAACACAGGAUCCGUGAACUCCGUACAGUCGCCCAACAACAAGACAUUCAGCAGUCAUAUUUGAGACGACAUUCCUGGUGGGCUGAAUUAGAAUGA